AAUCACAAAAGAAUAUAUACCAAAACCUGCUGCCCUUUGCAUACCUGCAAGUGUUAUUUACAUCAUAGGCGUAGCAGCCUAUCAGCAUCCAGAGGCACUUAAACAAAUGCUGAUAACUGUUGUCGAGUGUACGGAAAAGUUCAGGUGCUGAAUUAAAAUGUGAUCUACACUCUCUGUGUCAACUUGUUUGCAGCAUUUUUCAGGAAAAUCAUCAAAGGCCGGCUUUCCUUAUCCGAACAAACAUCAUAAAGCGAACUUCAAGAUUCUUUAAGAUUCUCGGUUUUUUACAUUUCCAAGAUAAACAGACUUGGGGUGAAACUGCCAACUCCUCUAUAAAUAGAAUAAUGAAGUGUGAGUACACAAGACAGGCCUCAUAACACAAGCUACAAAGUUUCAGUUCUUCAUAUACUUUGUUUUGAUUAUCAUUUAGCUGAAGCUGUUGAAGCUAAUGGAAAUGGUAAGGGAAUUGGCGUCCAAGAAAGCUGCAGUGAUCUUCACGAAAAGCUCGUGUUGCAUGUGCCACAGCAUCAAGGCUUUGUUCUAUGAAUUAGGCGCAAGCCCAACAGUGCACGAGCUUGAUCAAGACGCCAAUGGUAGGGAAAUAGAGUGGGCCUUGAGAAGCCUCGGCUGCAACCCGGCUGUGCCUGCAGUUUUUAUUGGUGGACAGUUUGUUGGCUCAGCCAAAGAUGUGAUCUCCCUCCACCUCGAUGGAUCCCUAAAGCAAAUGUUGAUUAAUGCCAAGGCUAUUUGGUUCUGACAACCAACUCAUUACAUAACUGUUUAGUGCAAUAUAGCUAAGUUUGGAGAAGCUUUGCAAGUUGUAAUUAUAAGGCUUCUUGAUUUUGUUAAACUGUUGUAACUUUUACUUGGCUUAUGUCCACUUUCGGUGACUUGUGCUGCAAUCAGACAUCCCCACUUCAUCAGAUGGGCUAUAGAAGUUUUCUUAAUAUC